GCACGGAGGUCUGUCAGCAAGUCCUGCUCUCUCAUUGGCUGAAACCAUUGUUUAUUUUUGCGUACAAAGUAAAGUUCGGUUUCAUUUACAACCUGUCAAAUCCGAGGACAGCUGUGAAACCAUCAACACCGCCUCGCAUUUCACGUAGAAAGAAGAUGUUUUAUUACAUCCUUCAGUUCCUUCUUCAAGGACCUUAAGACACGUGGAGAAAGAUCCCUUCUCAAAGAUCUCUGAAAAGCAUCAACAUUAGAAAGAAUGAAUUUGUGUUAUCAGUCCAUCACUUCACAUCCUUCCCAAUAACUACUUACUUCCACUUUGGCAGGCCUCAUUCAGCCUCUCCUUCACCUCACUAACUCGCACUCACACACUCUGCCGGUGACCCCACCACUGCUCCUGCAGGCUGGGUACGGAGCUGGUCUGGCCGCGUGCCCCUCCAGCUCUGCGUGUUAGUGUGAGAUGGGGCGGCAGGAAGCAGAGGGUCGCUGCCCCUGUGGACUGUAAUGUCAGAGCCCAGCAGCCCCGGCGAGAGCCAGCGCGGCGCUCCCAGAUUCUUCGUGGGCUGCGCGGAGGAUGAGAGCGAGGGCCUGGACGACUUCGCCAGCAUGAGGACAGACAUGGAGCUGUACGAAGACGACCUGGAGGAUGAUUCGCCUCCAGAGCGUCAGAUCGUGGUGGGGAUUUGCUGUAUGAUGAAGAAAUCUAAGUCUAAACCCAUGACUCAGAUCUUGGAGCGUCUUUGCAAGUUUGAGUACAUCACAGUGGUCAUCUUUCCAGAGGACGUCAUACUCAAUGAGCCGGUGGAAAAGUGGCCACUCUGUGACUGCCUGAUCUCAUUUCACUCUAAAGGCUUCCCCUUGGAUAAGGCAGUGAGUUACGCAAAGCUCCGUAACCCACUGCUCAUCAAUGAUCUUAAUAUGCAGUAUUACAUACAGGAUAGGAGGGAGGUGUAUCGUAUCCUGCAGGAGGAGGGGAUAGAUCUGCCACGCUAUGCCGUGUUAAACCGCGACCCUGACAAACCUGAUGAGUGUAACCUGGUUGAGGGAGAAGACCAAGUUGAAGUUAACGGCGAAGUCUUUCUAAAACCAUUCGUAGAGAAGCCUGUUUCUGCCGAGGACCAUAAUGUGUACAUCUACUACCCAACUUCAGCUGGGGGAGGCAGCCAACGCCUCUUCAGGAAGAUUGGGAGCAGAAGCAGUGUUUACUCUCCGGAGAGCAGUGUGAGGAAAACUGGCUCCUAUAUCUAUGAAGAGUUCAUGCCAACCGAUGGCACUGAUGUGAAGGUGUACACAGUAGGGCCAGAUUACGCUCACGCAGAAGCUCGUAAGUCCCCUGCUCUUGACGGGAAAGUUGAGCGAGACAGUGAAGGCAAAGAAAUUCGCUACCCAGUCAUGCUCACUGCCAUGGAGAAGCUUGUGGCCCGUAAAGUGUGUCUGGCGUUCAAGCAAACAGUGUGUGGAUUCGACCUCCUCCGAGCCAACGGCCAUUCGUAUGUGUGUGAUGUCAACGGAUUUAGCUUUGUGAAGAAUUCCAUGAAAUACUAUGACGACUGUGCUAAGAUACUGGGAAAUAUUGUGAUGAGGGAGCUGGCUCCUCAGUUCCAAAUCCCCUGGUCCAUACCUACAGAGGCAGAGGACAUUCCUAUUGUACCCACUACAUCAGGCACCAUGAUGGAGCUGCGCUGCGUGAUCGCUGUGAUCCGUCAUGGAGAUCGUACACCAAAGCAGAAGAUGAAGAUGGAAGUGCGAAAUCCCAUGUUUUUUGAGCUUUUUGAAAAAUACGGUGGAUAUAAAACGGGCAAGCUGAAGCUAAAGAAACCCAAACAACUCCAGGAAGUUCUGGACAUUACCAGGACACUCUUGGCAGACAUAGGUCAGCAUACUGACUGUGAAAUUGAGGAGAAGAAGUCCAAGCUUGAACAACUGAAGACUGUUCUAGAAAUGUAUGGCCAUUUCUCUGGAAUCAAUAGGAAAGUGCAGCUAACCUACCUUCCUCAUGGACAGCCCAAAACAUCCAGCGAGGAGGAAGAUACCCGUAAGGAGGGCCCCUCUAUACUACUGGUGCUGAAGUGGGGGGGAGAGCUGACUCCAGCUGGCAGAGUUCAGGCUGAAGAACUCGGCAGGGCUUUCCGCUGCAUGUAUCCUGGAGGUCAAGGGGAUUACGCUGGCUUUCCAGGCUGUGGCCUGCUCAGGCUACAUAGCACCUACCGGCAUGAUCUCAAGAUCUAUGCCUCUGAUGAGGGCAGGGUGCAAAUGACUGCUGCUGCCUUUGCAAAGGGUCUCUUGGCACUGGAAGGGGAACUGACACCCAUCCUGGUCCAGAUGGUAAAGAGCGCAAAUAUGAACGGCCUGCUGGAUAACGAUAUUGAAUCCCUCAGCGGCUGUCAGCAGAGGGUUAAGGCCAGACUUCAUGAGAUCAUGCAGAAAGAUCAAAUCUUCAGAGAAGAAGACUUUGACAGGCUGGCUCCAACAUGCAGCAGCUCUCUGGUGAACUCUAUGAAGGCUGUGGAGAAUCCAGUGAGUACGUGUGAUCAAGUCUACACCCUUGUCCAGAGCCUCACCUCACAGAUCCGCAAAAGACUUGAAGACCCCAAAUCAGCAGAUUUACAGCUGUACCACAGCGAGACACUGGAGAUGAUGCUGCAGCGAUGGUCUAAGUUGGAAAGGGACUUCCGCAUGAAGAGUGGCCGCUACGACAUCAGCAAAAUUCCUGACAUUUAUGACUGUGUCAAGUAUGAUGUGCAGCACAAUAGCUCCCUGGGCCUGGAGGACACAGUAGAACUCUUUAAGCUCUCUCGAGCACUAGCCGACAUUGUCAUACCUCAGGAGUACGGCAUUAAUAAGAUGGAAAAGCUGGAUAUUGCAUAUGCCUACUGUCUGCCUUUAGUGAAGAAGAUUCAACUGGACCUUCAGAGGACACAUGAGGACGAGUCUGUAAACAAGCUGCAUCCUCUAUAUUCACGUGGAGUGCUGUCACCAGGCAGGCAUGUCCGAACUCGGCUGUAUUUCACAAGUGAGAGUCACGUCCACUCCCUGCUUAGCAUCUUUCGCUAUGGCGGCUUAUUGGAUGAGGAGAAGGACCAACAGUGGAAGAGAGCCAUGGAUUAUCUAAGUGCAGUGUCUGAGCUCAACUACAUGACCCAGAUUGUCAUUAUGCUCUACGAAGACAACAACAAGGACCCAUCCUCUGAAGAGCGCUUCCAUGUGGAACUGCAUUUCAGCCCUGGGGUCAAAGUAUCUGAGGAAGAGAGCGCUCCGAUGGGAUUUGGCUUCCGUCCAGCCUCUGCUGAAAAUGACCAAAAGCAAACAGACCCUGGUAGUUUGGAAAACCUUGCACGAGAUGAGCCUGACCGCGCCUUGCCCCUUUCUGAGGCCAUCAGCACCCAGAGGAAAUCCCCUCUGAUCCGGAAUCGCAAGACUGGCUCCAUGGAGGUCCUGUCAGAAAGCUCAUCCUCUAAAGGGGGCAGCUAUCGCCUCUUCCCCUCCUGCUCACGUCAGUCUCCAGAGAUGAAGCAGAGCGGAUUAGGCUCUCAGUGCGCUGGUCUCUUCAGCACCACCGUCUUGGGGGGCUCCUCUAGUGCCCCCAACCUUCAGGACUACGCACGCACACACCGCAAAAAAUUCUCCUCGGGCAGUUUGACCUAUAAAGACGGAAUCCAAAAAAGUUUGAAGCAAAAACAUGAGUUGUUGUCUAUGCCGGCAGUAAAGCGAUUUUCUGUGUCGUUUGCAAAGCAUCCGACUAAUGAACCCCUGGAAGAGCACCAGGUAGCCCAGCUGCUGAGGCGCUUUUCCAACGACCCCAAUAUUGGCCACCCGUUCUGCAUGGACAGUGCUUUUGCCCACCACCUCCAUCAAUGCUCCUACCAUCUCCGCCUCUUCCGCAACUGGUUAAUCUCUGGCCAGGACCCGCUAGAGUACCUUUACGGUUUUGAAGGCUGCUCUAUGGUGCCCUCCAUCUACCCCCUUGAGACCCUCCACAACUCGCUCUCACUAAAACAAGUCAAUGAGUUCCUGACGGCCGUGUGUGAAAAUGCAGGAGAUUCCCACACCAGGACAACCAGAGCUAUCUCAGCCAUGUUUGACUCCCAGAACCAGCCCACAGGGGACACUUACAUGCCUCACAGAGUGCUGUCCUCCUCUGUUUCAAUGCGCCAGCGCUCUGAUCGGCCACCCUGGUACAGCAGUGGUCCCUCAAGUACAGUGUCAAGCGCCGGCCCCUCGUCUCCCACCACGGCUGACACCUCUCCACGCUUCAGCUUCAGUGAGAAGAUCACCCUCACGCCGCAGAGCAGCGAGGAAAUCCACCCGGCCCCUCACAAUAACAGCCACUGUGUGUCCUCCACGUCUGAAACCAGCCUCCCCUCUGAAGACCCCCACCCCUCCAUACCAUCUCCCAUCCUGGAGAAACCCAGUGAAAUGGCAGUUGAUGGCACAGACUCUGCAGGCCAGUGUCUGACAGAGAGCACCUGCCAUGAUGAAGUGUCAAAUCCGGCCCCCGCAGAGCCCACUCCUCCCUACUCGCUCUUGGCAGACAGUUCGCCAACAGAGUCCUUUUGCGGGCUGCCCAGCUCCCUGCCUGUGCUUCUCGAGCUCCGCGAGAGCAGCUCAGAGGCCGGCUCCAGCGCCCAGACCCCACUCACGCCUGAAGAGCCGGACGAGUUCUUUGAUACACAGGAAACAGUUGAUGUGUGGAGAGGGAGCCCGGGGACCCUGCCCCACCCUGGCACUCCACUGGAGGUGGGAGCUCCACAUGUGCCUGAGCCAUGAAGGAAACGUAGACUGAGCAGCUCCCUCAUACGUGAGUCCUUCACCCCAUCUCAGCAUGCUCUCGCUGUAGUGCCUCAGAUCUUCAUAAAGUCCCAAACAAAUCAAAGUGGGAUUCGCCUAAGUCAUUUAAGGGAAGAUGAAGAAAUGGAGGCCCUCCCUGCGAUUGUCACCCUUUGAACUUGAAGCUCCUGUUAAAAAUCUUAAUAAACUCUCCAUGUGUUUAAUUCUGUAGUGUUAUUCAGAGAUGCUUCCUGUGUAACAUCACUCUAGUCCUACGGCCAGUGAUCAAACAUAAGCUGUUAGACACACUGAAACAUUUUUAUGUGCACAUAAUAUCUUCCUUGUCUCCAAAUGACUGCAUUUUUUCUUCAUUAGCUGGUCUGGAAGAUAUUUUUCAAAGGGAUGUGAUAUUUGAUACUAGCUUGUGUUUGCUCAAGUACUUAGUCAAGCUGAACUAUUGAAUAAUGAACUUAAACAGCUAAAUGCAUAUUAAAGGGUUAGUUCCCCCAAAAAUGAAAAUUCUGUCCUCAUGAUGAUAACUCAUCCUCAUGUCAUUCCAAACCCAUAAGACUUUCGUUCAUCUUCGAAACACAAAUGAAGAUAUUUUUAUGAAACCUGAGCGAUUUCUCCCCUUCGCUGAAAACUUUGAUGCUUUAAAAAGUUCAUAAAGACUCUGUAAAAGUAAUCCAUAUGUGUGAAUCGAACAGAUCUUUGAGUAUUCUGAAGAAACGUGAUCAAUUUACACGAUGAACCGAUUUAAUUUAGGCUUUUAUACACAUAUAAACAUUGAUCAAUGCACACACAUAGAGCACAUCAAAUAUGGUAAACGGACACUUAAGCUGUAUUUGCGUGAAAUUUCAUUGGUUCUGGCACGUUAAGCAAGCAUGUUUGAGCUUCCGUUUACCAUUUUUAAUAUGCUCUAUGUAUGCGUAUUGAUCAAUGUUUAUAUGUAAACGAAAGCCUAAAUUAAAUCUGUUCAUCAUAUAAAGAAAUCAUGUCUUUUCAGAAAACUUCUCUUACAAUGUGGAAUGGGCUUUCAAUGGAGGGACAUCUCUUAAGUUUAAUUAAAAAUAUCUUUGUGUUCCGAAGAUGAACAAAAGUCCUAUGGGUUUAGAAUGACAGGAGAGUGAGUAAAUGAUGACAGAAUGUUAAUUUUUGAGUGAACUAUUCCUAUAAAUUAACGCUACCGUUUUAUUACUGUUUGCCAAAGCUUGCUAUACCACUGUCAUAAUUUAUUAAAUCAUUAUAAAAUACAUAUAUAUAUUUAGUCUAUAUAUAUAUAUAUAUAUAUAUAUAUAUAAAUAUUUAUUGACUAAUAUGCAGCUUACUUUUAACAAUGAGACUGCAAUUGAAAAAGUCUCAUUUUUUUUAUAUUUUAGUUUUUAUUUUUGUAAAACAUACAGUGCUCUCACGGUUUUAAAUAAUGAAGUAGUGGUCUUCAUUUCAAAUACAUUUCUCUUGCUUCACCUUUUUGCCAACGAAAUACUUUUUUGUAACGUGACCCUCCUGUUUGAAAUCAAAUGAAGGGUGCCAUGUACUGAGAUUACCAUGACACACAAUUUUUUUUGUCUGCUUACUGUUUCAGUGUACAGUAAAAAAGAGAGAAAGAUGCUGCUUUUCAGAAGCAUAUACUGUACUGUUUUUCUUUUGAUCUGAACCUGUUCAGGAUAAAAACAUUAAGUAAACCUUGGAUAGUGGACGUUGUUUACUGAGCAUGCAGAAUGUGUGUGUAAAAGUAACUGACUCUCACUGAUGUAGGACCAGCUUGUAAGGCCUCUAGAAUCUAGAGACGAGCAUUUCACUUCCAGCCUCCAGCAGCGUCUGUGAAUUAUUCCACUGCGCUCGGAGUAGAGUGAAGCACACUGAACCCACUGACAACUGUUUCUGUAAUCACUGACAUAUUAAAGCAUCUGCCUCUGAUAGAUUCAACUCAAAUGUGUCGUACUGUUGGUGCUGUAUGCCGUCUGUGCAGUAGUAUUAAAUGGCACUUUGAUUUAUAGUGUUUUAAAUAAAAUAGGCAUUGUCUAUAGAAAA